AUGGCGCUCCAACUGAUAAACGGCCCGGUCUCAAACUGGGGCAGAUGCUGCACCUCCGACGGCAACAAAACCGAAACGCGAAGGGAGAGGGAGUUGAGGAGCAGGAGGGAGGGCCAUUAUCCCUGUGAGGGAGGAGCAAAGGGGGAGGCUCAUAUGUGCACAGCUAUGGAUGGGAUAUUGGAAGGAGCGGUGGUGUUGUGUGUGGGUAAACUGGCCUGCAGCCUGCUGUUCCUGCCCUCAUUGGCUGCGUCAUACAGUCCCGUCAGCUUCUGCUGCUGCUGCCUGCUGAUCUUCACCGACUUCCUGGUCGCAGUUUUUCUGAGUUUGCUGUGCGUGGCUGAAUCCUGGCUGACAGAACUGGACCCACCGGGUGACGUCGUCGCUCUGCGCUUCCUGCUCUUUCUCAGCCACACGUACGGGGCCGUGCUGCACUUGACCACGUUUCUGGUCUGUGUCGAGGCCUUGAUCAAACUGCUCUGGCCUCACGUCGCCGUCGACCACGGGACGGCGAGGCAAACGGCGGGCUCUGACGGACGGCCUCGCUGCCCCGCGGGGGGAAACAUGGAGGAGGAAGAGGGCAUCUGCUGCCCGGAGGACGGCGGGAGCUGGCCUCAAGUGGUCGGCUUCCUCUGCUGCCUGUCGGCGUGGGUCAGCGUCGCCCUGGUCGUCAGGUGGCAUUUGAAGAUGGAGGAGGUGUGGGCGGCUGUUUGUUUGCACACGACAAACUCCCUCAUCGGGUGUCUGCCCAACCUCUACACGCCGACGCCGAGCGCCGUGAACCCUUGGUGGAGCAUGGCCUUCCUCCUCUUUCUUCUGCUCCUGCUGACCACCGGCGCCGGCCUGCGGGGGGUCCGGCGUGGAGGGAAACACGCCAGCACUGGGAGGAGAGACUGCGUUACCAUGACGCCUGCACCCUCCGGCCACGUGCCUCUCGGGACGCCGGUCACUGACCCAGAGAAAACAGACCGGGCCUGGAACAGCUUGCAGAUGUCGGCCAAUCCCUAUGGAGACGUCGACCUCUCCUCCCAGGAUAGUUUUCCUGAAAAGAGGGGAAGACAGGAGCGCGAGAGGACAAAGACAGGUGUACCGCUGGCAUUUGUCACGGAGGAACACAUGGACUCACAACGUAGCCGUUGGUGUGGAUGGCAACGGUGGGGUUUUCCAAGCCUAGAGGGGAACGUAAUGAUAGGGCUAUUGGGCUUUCUCCCCAUUUUCAUACUGCCUUUCAUCCUGAGCGUGAAUAUUCUUCUGAUCAGGACUAUAGACAUUCUACUGGAGAGUUGCAUCCAAUCUCUAAAAUCAUCCGCUGCAAAGACCAGAGACGAGUCUACCUCUCUAAAUGUAACACAGGUUUAAAACUUUUUUUUUUUAAAUAGACUCGUGUGAGGAAAAGGUGGACACUGACUGGUGUCGGUUUUCAUCAGAAUCAUCAUUAAUAUUACAAAGGUGCAGACAGCAGGUCCGCCCGUUAAAAAAAACAGUGAAUAGAGAGCAAACACAGGGUGCUAGGCAGCUAUUCACGUGUAUGGAAUAACAUCUGAAACCUGCUGAAAGGUGCUGAGGAGGCAGGUCGAGGCGUGCUCGAGACACUAAACCUGAGUGGAACAGAUGGCUGGAAGGCCUUCUUAAACAGUUGAGAGCUUUGGUUUCUUCAUCCGUUUGCCUUUGCACAAUGGGUUACAAAACUCUCCGGCUUGUGGACGGCUAAUCCUCAGACAAACAAUAUUUUGAAAGUCGCAGUAUGAAAUUUGCAUUACACAGAACUUGAAUAAAGUUUUGCAUGACAAACACGAAGUGACUUCGUUAAACGUGACUGCUUUAGUUUUUUCUCUCUUAAACUUAAAUUUGACCGUAAACUCUAGGACCUAUCAGACAACACCAAGAAAAAGCAAAUAUAAUGAAAAGAAAAUGAAAAAUUAGGUAAUUUUGGGCACAAACAUGCAUAUAAAAAGUAUCUAAACCUAGCAGGAGGAAUGUGUAGGUUUGUGUACCUGCUAAUAAUUACAGGGGGAUGUUUACUGGGCAGCCGUCACUCAGCUCUGAAAUGUGCUGUCAGAAAUGUCUCCUCUGAAAUGAGCACCUUCUCUGACUCAUCAGUCUCUUUGGUUCCUGUUUCCAUACCUGUAUAUUGACAUUUUUGGGUGUUUGUACAAUUAAUUGUGUUCAUUGUCUUGGGUGUCAAAGUCAGUAAUCCCAUGAAACUGUGACAGUGUUUUUACAGAAGGGCAAAAAAAACUAAACGAGAUAGACAGUGUUUGUGGGUCUGGAUACACCGGCCCACAGGUUUUGUUGCUCUAAAACAGGGCGUAUUGAUGCUCCCAUUUGCCUUCGUUUAGCAUUGUGCUUACAAGCUUGUAUGCUCUUGUGCACAAGGACCUGGUGUGGUAUUUUCACAAGAAAUCCUGACUCAGUGUGUUACGCACGCACUAUAUUCCAGAGAAGCCUGACUGAUAUGUAUAAACGCCUUUACACUUCUGAAUAUCGUUGAUUCCUUUGAGUCUGACAAUAUUCACAUCUGCCUCCUGGGUUACUGUUUUUAAAUAUUUUACAUGGUGGAAAAAAAUUUAACAGAACUAGGAACCCUUUCGAUGGUGAAUAAUACUUGUGCAUUCAAGUGGUUGUGCAGAGUUAACAAAAAGUUUAGAUGCCAGAGCGAGACUUGGGUUUUGCAACACUGUUAAACAUGCCCUGACUUAAUCUAAUAUCGCAUAGAUUCUUCUAACUCUUAACAUUCUUCAAAGAAACAGGCUGAACUGCCUCUGUAGGAUGAUAAGUACUAAGAAAUGAGUUGGAGUUGUAAGUGGAGAGAAGAAAGAAUGUAGCAGAGCUGGCAGGUUUGGCCCAGUCAACUGAGAUACAACGUAACACCAGGGGGCACUCUGUUACCCAAAAAGGACCCGAGGUUGGAAGCCUCCAGCGGGGAACUGGAAAGAUAGAUGGUGCUUGGAGGCUGAGUCACUUGCGAUCCAGACACAAAACGUAAUUCAAAAUGCAGAGACGUGUGCAGGCAAAUGCUGAAAACUCCACCACGCACUGACUUUAACAAACUCUUUCUCAGGAAGGCCAGGUCUGUCCAACUCUUAUAGCAGAGAGACAAGAUUAAUGAGAUGUCAGGUAGAGAUUUUCAUUUAAAAUGAGGGGCCCAUGAUAUCAAGAGGAAUAGUUGAGCAAUCAUUGUUAAAAGUGUUGAUUUAUUUUCUAUUUUUAUCUAUUCCUACGCUUGACAUUUCCGGUUUUGUUUUGUACUUUUGAAUUGUACUUUUUGAUAUUUGUAUGUUCUUGCAAAUAUUUGAUUUUUUUCCAGAAGAAGUGAGUGAGCUUCAAGUCAAGGAGUUGUUUUUUUCUUGCAAAUGACAGACUACAUCAUUUAUCAUCAUGUGUCAAUGAUACAUUCUCUAAAAAAGCUCUUUGUCCUCAAUCAUCAGU